AUGGAUCUCCGCCAUGCCACUGGCUCCAGCGCCGAAAACCGGUCCUUGGCGCGGCGCUGCGCCAUCAAUGCCAUGGCGGACGCGGAGGAGAAGCUCUUUGACGCCGCGCGGCGCGGGCAGGCGAUUUGCACACCGCCGAUGCCCGAAGGUGCUGCCGUGGCGGGCUGCGCCAAUGUCAUCGCAGUGCUGUUGGACUACCGUGCUAGCGUGGACGGCUGCAGUCGCAGUGGGCAGCUAGCCGCAGGGGAGAGAGGUUGCGCCCCGAGGCAAACAGCCCUGCACUUCGCCGCGCGCGAGGGCCGCGAGGCGGCCUUGGCCUCGGGCGGCUGCGCGCUGCUGAUCCGGCAGGAGGCGUGUCGGCGCAUCAAGGUGGUGGAGGAUGACAUCGAAUGUCUACAGGAUCGCCUCACGCGGGCCGUCGCGGCCAAAGAGCUACUGGAGCUUCAACUCUCAGAACCGGUGGCACCGAGUCAUGCCAGCGCCUGGCUUGGAAGAGCGGUCUGGGGAGCGGAAAGGACCUGGGGUGGGUAA